AUGGCGAAUUGGCUCUACGACGCCGUGCCCGGUGACGACGAGAAGAAGUUAUCCACGUAUACAAUUCGGGUCAUGUACGAGGCUGCAAGUGGCCUCCAGGUCGACUUUGAGAUGUUCCAAUGGUUCCAUGACUUCUUUGAGGAUUGGAAGAUUGAGGACUUCAACCAUCUAGAUAAGACAAUAAGAACCAAGUUGAAGGACUUCCUUUUAUGGCGUGGCGUGUAUACAGCAACCACCUAUAUCAAGGAGUCAAGGAUUGUCAAUGAUACCCACAUGGUGCCAUCUAUCGAAGAAGAAGACGAGGGUAUUUAUAAAGAAACACCUUCUAAGGUGCCAAAUCAGGUGAUUCAAGACCAUGUUCAAUCGCCAUUAAGAUUGGUACAAGACAUCUCAAGAUUUACACCUGAAACAGGUGCAAAUGCAAUACUAGUCAUGACACCAAGUCACAGCCAAGUCAAGAUAUCUGUAAUACCUACCUCUUCAGUGCUACUCCAAGCAAGAUCAUUGGAUCCGUACACCAAGGUGCCACCUAACGAAUAUGGACGUCAACCUGUUGAUUCUCAGUUGGCUAUGAAGUUCACCAAAGCAUGGGAUAAGACGAAGAAUUAUUCAGGAGAGCUUUACGAUAUCCUAGAUGACAAAGUUUGA